AUGUCUUAUCAGGCGCCGUCCUCCAACAUUACUUCUCAAUUGAACAACGAUACUUCCUUGCGUGACAGCGUAAAUCAAGCAGCCAAAGAACGACGACAACAACGACGAAGAGUACGUCAACAAGACUUUGAUAAAGGAAGCAACAGCAACUACAACAGCAUCAGCAAUAGGAGCAUCACAUCACCAGACAACAAAAUGAUGAUUUCCUCCUCAAUACACAGUGCUGAUGAUUCGGAUUCGGCAAGACGAAAGACACGAAAGCACGGCAAACCGAGCAAAACUUAUUCAGGUGACAUUCACAUAUCAUCAUCCUCCAACAACAGCAGCAACAACAACAAUAGUGGAUCUAUUCUUUGGACGGUCCUCGUUGUCGGAUUGAUCUUUUGUGUAUUGGAUGUGGGAUACAUCAUGUACUUUGUGGAAUAUCAUCCAGAUUUGUGGGCCGAUUUGCCCAACCGAUUCAAUGCUGUCCUUCCACCCAAGUUGACUCCUCUCAAAACGCAAAAGCCAGUCUUGAAUCGACAGGUAGAAUCCAAAGACGGAAGCCUCAAUGCCGAUGCGGAUACCGCCAAGAUGAUUCAGGAAAAACAACCAAUUAUCAAAUUGAUUCAAGAUGCCAAUGUACCAUUUGAUCCAUUGGUGGACACGGAACUCUUGAAUGAUCUUCCGACCUGGAGUGAAAUUACAGGAAUGUACGGGGAGAAACCUGUCAUUCAUGGAUUGGAAAUGUGUGAACCAUUUCGGACUCAUUCCGAUCCUGCUGAUCAUUUUGUGAGUACGGCAGGUACAUUCAACUCGGGAACAAAUCUCAUGGCCGAACUGCUGAUUGCCAAUUGUCGCAUGACAGAAAGAAUGAAGAAAUAUGGUGCCAUCAAUCGGGGAAUUAGAUGGCAAGUGCCAUGGGGAAAACAUACGCCACCCGGUGAUAAUGAAUACCGACAAACGCACAAGACAGAUAAGGAUAAGAAUAUUGACGCCAACGAUAUUCUUCCAGCUGUCACCAUUAGAGAUCCAUUGGUUUGGUUGCAAAGUAUGUGCCGGCACCACUACGCUGCUCGAUGGCCGCAUACUGAGAACCAUUGUCCAGACUUUACACUUCCCAAUAUCAAGGCGGUUGUCCAUUACGCUGAAAUGAGCAAGAGCCACGAUUCCAUCUUGCACCUAUGGAACGAUUGGUACACGGAAUAUCGUACGGCAACCUUUCCACAUUUGAUUGUAAGGUUUGAAGAUUUGGUCUUUCAUCCCGAAGAUGUUACCAAACAAGUUUGCGAAUGCGCAGGUGGCCAAAUGCGAAAGGAUAAAAAGUUCAUUUACAUUGUCGAUUCGGCCAAAAAGGGAUUGGCUGCUCAUGGAAAGAACCGAACGGGAUACGUGGAUGCCAUUGUCAAGUACGGAAGUGCUGCCCGACGAUAUGACGGAUACGAAUACAAGGAAGAUUUGGAGUACAUUCGAAAAAAUGUCGAUCCAGAACUCAUGAAAGCCAUGCAAUAUCCGGACAUUGAUCCCAAUCAUAAUGUGUAG